UCUCCUGACCUCCUUUCUCCUCGGCGGCGAGCGGAGCCUCUCCCUCGGCGCUGCCGGCCGCGCCAUGCCGCGCUCGCGGGGACGGGAGCAGGGGCGCUGCGACUGCCCCGCGGGGAGGGCUCACGGCGAAGAAGCCGGGCUCUCGGCGCUCUUGCCGGGCUCCUGGAGCCGCUGGGGCCGCCCGCCGUCCCCGCCGCCGUCGCCGCUGCUGUUGCUGCUGGGCUGGGGGCUGCUCAGCGCCUCGGCCGCCGCGGGUCAGAACUGCACAUUCCAACUACAAGGUCCCAAUGGGACAGUGGAGAGCCCAGGGUUUCCGUAUGGCUACCCCAACUAUGCCAACUGCACAUGGACCAUCACUGCGCAGGCCCAGCACAGGAUCCAGCUUGUGUUCCAGUCCUUUGCCCUGGAAGAGGACUUUGAUGUGUUGUCGGUGUUUGAUGGCCCGCCUCAGCCGGAGAACCUGAGGACAAGACUUACGGGAUUUCAGCUGCCUGCCACCAUCGUUAGUGCGGCCACCACUCUCACCCUGUGUCUCAUCAGUGACUAUGCGGUCAGCGCCCAGGGCUUCCACGCCAGCUACGAAGAGCUUGCAGAGUCCAAGCCAGGCUUCAUUUGCUUAGAUGGUUCCUCCUACCUGCUUGGGAAGCUGAAUGUUGAAAUCAAAGUUGAGCUACUACAGUUCAUCUUUCAGGCCUGA